CAACUAUGUUUAAUUGUGGCCGCCCGGGUUUUUUAAACACACAUCUGGGUUUUAUAAAUUAUUUCAGCGCGCAUUUCUCUUCUCCAGAAACUCCGAACUAGUUAGGAGAAUAGCGCAGAUAGGUUGCUACAUGGAUGAAACCCAGAUGGAUAUCUCACGAAUUGUCCUCUCUAAUCCAUCCUCUCUAUUUUUCUCUCUCCUCUUUCACGCGAAAUAUCACGACUUUACCAAAUUUCAACCCCACUCCAUGUAUUCUCACCCACAUUCAUACAAGCCGUCUUCUUUCGAAAUUUGGAAGAGAAGGAAAUCUUCGUCUGGGUUCAUCUCUUCACUCUACAAUCAUUAAAAACUAUUACUAUUAUGACCCUAAAAAUUGCAAUGAACCCAGAACUGGGAUUGUUGUUUGGAACUCCCUGCUUUCUAUGUAUGCAAAAUGCCGGGCGCUAAGGGAUGCUCUUAAGGUGUUUGAUGAAAUGCCCAUGAGAGAUGCUGUCUCAUGGAAUUCAGUUAUUUCUGGGUUUUUGAGUAACAGGGAGUUUGGAAUUGGGUUUCUGUAUUUCAGGGAUAUGGUUGAAUUGGGUAUUGGCCAGCUUGAUCAAGCUACUUUCACUACUGUUUUAUCAGCUUGUGAUGGACUGGAUUCUAUUAGGGUGAGUAAAAUGGUUCAUGGGUUGGUGAUUCGGAGUGGUUAUGGAUGUGAGAUCGCUAUUGGAAAUGCUUUGAUAACGUCGUAUUUCAAAUGUGGGUGUUCUGGCUCUGGGGAGCGAGUUUUUCAUGAAAUGGGUGAGCGGAAUGUUGUUAGUUGGACUGCUGUAAUUUCUGGUUUAGUGCAAAGUGGACUGUGCGAGGAUAGUUUGAAUGUGUUCAUAAAAAUGCGUGGCACAUCGGUGGAUCCUAAUUCUGUGACGUAUUCGAGCUUGUUAUCGGCUUGUGCUAGUUUACAGGUUCUACAAGAAGGGAAACAAAUUCAUGGGCUAGUGUUAAAACAGGGAUCUGAAUCUGAUUUCUGUAUCGAGAGUGCACUAAUGGACAUGUACUCUAAAUGUGGAAGCAUGGGAGAUGCCUUGCAGAUUUUUUACUCUGCAGAUAAGCUUGAUGAGGUUUCCAUGACAAUUGUGCUUGCUGGUUUAGCUCAAAACGGGCUUGAAGAAGAAGCCAUCCAAAUCUUUACCAAAAUGAUUAGAGCAGGGAUCGACAUUGAUCCAAAUACGAUUUCUGCUAUUCUUGGUGUGUUUGGUACAGACACUUCUUUGGCUUUUGGGCAGCAGAUUCACUCAUUGGUUAUCAAAAAGAGAUUUGGCACAAACGUUUUCGUUAGCAAUGGACUCAUAAACAUGUAUUCCAAGUGUGGGAAAUUGGAGGAUUCGAUGAAAGCUUUCAGUCGGAUGUGUCAGAGGAACUCAGUUUCUUGGAAUUCUAUAAUAGCAGCGUUUGCUCGUCAUGGCGAUGGACUGAAAGCCAUUCAAUUGUAUGAAGAAAUGUUAUUGGCAGGAGUAGAACCUACCGAUGUUACAUUCAUAUCUUUGCUACAUGCUUGCAGUCACGUUGGUCUAGUUGAUAAAGGCAUGAAGUUCUUUGAAUCAAUGAGCAAAAUUCAUCAAAUCAAUCCAAGAAUGGAACAUUAUGCUUGUGUCAUUGAUAUGUUAGGAAGAGCCGGGCUUCUUAGUGAAGCUAAAAGUUUUGUAGCUAACUUACCAGUAAACCCUGGAAUUCUUGUAUGGCAAGCUCUGCUUGGCGCUUGUGCCAUCUGUGGUGACUCUGAAAUGGGAAAAUAUGCUGCUGAUCAAUUGCUGCUGCUAGAACCUGAUAACCCUGCUCCGUUUGUACAGUUGGCGAAUAUAUAUUCAUGUGAAGGGAGUUGGAGAGAUAGAGCAAAGACUAUAAAGAGAAUGAAAGAGGUGGGCUUGUCCAAGGAAACUGGUAAAAGUUGGAUCGAAAUUGAGAGAAAAGUUCAUAGCUUUGUUGUAUGUGACCAGAUGCAUCCACAAGCUGAGAUCAUUUACGCUAUUCUUGCAGAGUUAUAUCUGCAACUGGCAGAUGAAGGAUACAAACCAGAUAAGAGGUUCAUCGUGUAUUACACGGGUCAGAAUGAAGAGGCGAGUCUACCUGAAGCUAUUGGUAGUGCAGUCAACUUAGGACCAGAUAUAGAAACAUAAGCAAAGUCUGACUUUUUUGUAAUUCACUUGCGUAUACGUUAUCAUCAGCUAGGAUUUACUCCUCAAGGUAGUGCUUCGUGCCCUCUUGACCCUCUUGUAAAAGGUUUAUAUGAAGGAAAAUGGGACAGUCAGCCUAUACUAUAUGUAAUGAGUCAAUGUUUGCUGUAGAACUCGGAAUUUGUUUGAAUACAUGAACUAUGGAUGCAGCUCACUUGGUGGA